AUGAUUGCUGGCUUAAUCCAAGCGAAAGAAAUGGGAGCCAGACGCCUCAAAGUCUUCAGUGAUUCCCAGUUGGUAACAUUUCAGAUCUCCAGCGAGUACCAAACCAAAGGACCCUUGAUGUGCAGAUACUUGGAGAAGGUCAAAGAGUUGAUGGAAAGCUUUGAAGGCGUUGAGGUGGAGCAUAUCAGGCGUGCCGAAAAUGCCCGAGCUGACAUCCUCGCCAAGAUGGCGAGCACCAAAAGCCCAGGUAAUAACCGUUCAGUAAUCCAGCAUAACAUGCCAAACCCAUGCAUAGUCAUGAGAAUUUCUGAAUCAGCCCCUGAAGUCGCCAAAGAAACCUGGACAACACCCAUUGUCGACUACUUGGCUGAAGGGGUCCUACCCUGUGAUCGAAAGGAAGCUCAAAAAGUAGUACGACGAAGUGCACAUUUCUGA